UUGGAGCUUUCUGAUUCCUUACUAAAAACUAAACACUAUCACUCUAGCUCUAAAAACAUUACGAUGCAACGUAUCGUUUUGUCGUCAGACAACAAUAUCUCUCCCAUCGGAUCACCUACGCUAGCCGAGUUGCUAAAAGACUGCGACAGUUUCCGGAAGGAAGAUUCUGGCAACCCCGUUAGAAGCGACGAUCCAGCUCAUCACACGAUAGAUGUCGAAGCCUUACACGUACAACCAGUACCGUUCGUAUUAGCCUUUAACAAUCUUGAAUACGAUGUCACACUUCGUCAGGGGUUUGGUUUCUCACGGAAAAGCUCCGUGAAGACUCUAGUCGAUGAUGUUUCCGGUGAGGCUUGUGACGGCGAUAUUCUAGCCGUUCUUGGUGCAAGCGGAGCAGGGAAGUCCACUUUGAUCGACGCAUUAGCGGGGAGGGUUGCGGAGACGAGGUUGAAAGGCUCAGUAACACUUAACGGAGAGAAGAUUUUGCAAUCUCGAUUGUUGAAAGUUAUAUCAGCGUAUGUGAUGCAAGAUGAUCUUCUUUUUCCGAUGCUUACCGUUAAAGAAACCUUAGUUUUCGCUUCCGAGUUUCGUCUUCCAAGAACCUUGUCCAAAUCCAAGAAGAUGGAACGUGUUGAAACCCUAAUUGACCAAUUAGGGCUCAGAAAUGCGGUGGACACUGUGAUCGGAGAUGAGGGACACCGUGGAGUCUCUGGUGGAGAGCGACGACGUGUUUCAAUAGGAAUCGAUAUUAUCCACGAUCCUAUCGUUUUGUUUCUUGACGAACCUACGUCCGGGCUAGAUUCCACCAACGCGUUUAUGGUGGUGCAAGUUCUUAAACGAAUAGCUAAGAGUGGCAGCAUUGUGAUUAUGUCGAUCCAUCAACCAAGUGCUCGUAUUGUAGAAUUGCUUGAUCGGCUUAUCAUCUUAUCUCGCGGCAAGAGUGUGUUCAAUGGAUCUCCAGAAAGUCUAUCUCGAUUCUUCUCUGAUUUUGGUCAUCCGAUCCCUGAGAAAGAGAACAUCACAGAGUUCGCACUUGAUUUAAUCCGACAACUGGAAGUAUCCACUGAAGGAACCAAAGAGUUAGUAGAAUUCAACAAAAAGUGGGAGCAGAACAAGCUCAAACUUAGCCAAUCAGCUCGAGCCACCCCACAAACCACACCCCACCAAGGCUUAUCCUUAAAAGAAGCGAUCAAUGCGAGUGUUUCAAGAGGCAAAUUAGUCUCAGGCACAUCUGCAGUCAAUCCCAUUGCCAUGGAAUCAAUAUCUUCAUAUGCGAAUCCAUCAUUUUUUGAAACACUCAUCUUAGCCAAACGGUACAUGAAAAACUGGAUCCGGAUGCCCGAACUCAUGGGAACACGGAUUGCUAUGGUUAUGGUGACCGCUAUUCUCCUAGCCACUGUGUACUGGAAUCUAGACAACACUCCAAGAGGUGCACAAGAGAGAUCGACAUUCUUUGCAUUCGUGGUGCCCACAAUGUUCUACUGUUGUUUAGACAAUAUCCCAGUUUUUAUUCAAGAACGAUACAUUUUCUUGAGAGAGACAACCCACAACGCGUACAGAACAUCUUCUUAUGUCAUAUCUCACUCUUUGGUGUCCUUGCCUCAACUAAUUGCCCCUUCCUUAGUCUUUGCCUCGAUCACAUUCUGGACCGUUGGUUUGAGCGGCGGGUUAGAAGGUUUCCUCUUUUACUCCCUCAUAAUCUACGCCUCCUUCUGGUCUGGUUCCUCUAUCGUUACUUUCAUAUCCGGCGUUGUUCCGAAUAUCAUGAUAAGUUACAUGGUCACUAUUGCCUAUGUUGCUUAUUGUUUACUGCUGAGUGGAUUCUACGUCAACCGAGAUCGGAUACCAGUCUAUUGGAUAUGGUUUCAUUACAUUUCACCUCUCAAGUAUCCGUACGAGGCUGUAUUAAUCAAUGAGUUUGAUGACCCGUUACGUUGCUUUGUUAAGGGAGUCCAAGUAUUUGACGGUACUCUUCUCGGAGGUGUGUCUUAUUCUAGGAAGAUUAAGCUCCUUGAAACUCUGAGUAGAUCUUUGAAAACCAAGAUAACGGAGUCCACAUGCUUGAAGACAGGGUCUAAGUUACUCGCACAACAAGGUAUUACUCAAUUGAGCAAGUGGGAUUGCUUGUGGAUCACGUUGGCUUCCGGUCUCUUCUUUAGGAUCUUGUUUUACUUCGCCUUGCUGUUUGGCAGCAGAAAUAAGAGAACGUGAAGCUAUCAUUCCCCACAAACACUUUUGUACUCUAGCUUACGCUUCUAAGUAUAAGCUUCUCGUUGUUAUAAGUUUGUAUUGAAGUUGACAAGUUGUAAGUUUGUAUUGAAGUUGACAAGU